CAAACACAACAAGUAAUAACUGCAAUCCAGGGCCUCAACCAAUCCGCACUUACAGCUUCCCGCAAAAAGAAGAGCCACAGUUAUAUCGAGAGUCGUAACCCGGUAAUUUUGGCCUCCCCGAUAAUCCGCUCUUAAAGAUUUAGCUCGACCAAGAACAGCUCGCUGAAGACUUCCCGAGCAUCCGCUAACCCGAACAGACAGCCACACUAGAGGUCCAUCACCCGCAUCAACUUGAGGAGCAUUAUUCGGACAGGACAGCCUCCAAGGAUCGCCACACGCCAAAGACCUAUACCAAAAAUGUAACACCCCAAAACCAGCCCAUUAAAUUUUUUUUAAUGCUAUUGGGUCCUCUGCAGCCCAAUUGGAAAACCCUAGGGUUUUCCCUAUCUCUUCCCCUAUAAAAGCAAGCCUCCACUUCUUCUUUUCUCUCAUCAGAAAUCUAGAAGCGAAGCCCUGCGGAGAAUUCCCGGAGACUGGAAGCCCUAGCCGUCGACUCUCUCUCUCUCCUCGCGCCGCCUCUCUCCUCCUUCUCUCUCUUCGCCGCGUCUCUUCUCUCUCUCUCUCCUCUCCGCGUUCCCUUCUCUCUCUCUCGGCCGCGUCUCUCUCUCCUCGCCGUGAGCAGCCGCGAGUGGUGGUGGUGGCCGCGUGGUGUCAUAGAUCGCAGAUCCCGUUUUCUCUUACCUCCUAUUCUCAGAUCCAGAUCCAGAUCUAGGCUAAGAACUAUAAGUGGAAAUGUCGACGGUAAGGAAGGAAAUGCACCUGAAACUCAUGGGACCAGAAACGGGACACACGGAGAUGUCGGAAAAGUAGACAUGUGUGUCCUAAACCCCGCGCCCUGGAACCCGGUUGGAAAUGGGGAGGGACGGGUGUUUCAAUUGGUAUCAGAGCCAGUUUGAGGUCCCUUAAUACUAACUUAAGGGAUCAGCAUUUCUCACCAUUGCCCAUUUCCCUUAUGGUUCUGUUCGACCGUCAUAGCUAAUGUUGAAGGAGAAUUCGAACAGCUCAGAGUUUCCGGCCGAGAUCGGGUUAACAAAAAGUCUUCGUACUGCGGUGUAGUGGAGUUUCAGAGGUUCAGGAAUGGGUAACAAGGAGUUGUAAGGCAAGUAUACAGAGGGAUUAGUCGCCUAGCACGUCAAGUCAAAGGGGUAAUGGAAAUCCGGACAUUCGAGCUGGAGGGAAGCGUCUCGCGGACGACACCGCCCCACACCGGGCCGGGGAGGCCGGGGAAGGAGAGACGGACGCAAGGCCGAGGCGUGCGCAGCUUCACGGAAGGAUUAAACCCUGCAAAGAAAUGGACUUCUGGCAUUCAGAUAUCACAGUGAAGCUUGUUCCCAGUAAAAAAAAAAAAAAAAAAAAAAGAAGAAACAUGGGCGUGGGCCCCACCACCAGGGCGUGGGCCGCCGACGAGGAAGGAGCAACACCGGGGCGGCCAAGGGACGGUCGGAUGCACAGUAGGAGAAAACUGAUUCCAGAUUAGGGUAACUAAGCAAAGGAUCAUCUUGGGGUAAAAAAGAUGAUGGAGAGUCAUCUUGGAGCAGAAUGCAAAAUGCUAAUAAGGAUAUGAGAUCUUCUUAGGGAAAAAGGGUUGACUGUAAAAAGGAUCAUCUUGGGGCAAAAAGGGAUGAUAAGAACCACACCGGGGAUAUUGUCUGUUUAAGCAGCUCUAGUUUGAGAAUGGAUUGAAAACUGCCAUCUAUGCAUGACUACUACUAUGUUCUGAUCAGGUCUUUGUUUUUACGCUGCAGGAUGUCUUCACCAGUGCAUCACGAGCUCGGAGAAAGACGCAUGCGCUAUGGACCAAAAGGGACAAGCGCUUACGCCCGCAAGCCCUACCGUGACGCUUGGGGCGAUGUGGUACCUGCACUCUUCCCAGACAAAGAGGAAGUGGAGUUCGCGGAGCCGCCGAACGCCCCCAUCCAGGAGACGACUGUGAGGCGUCGGAUUUUGAUGCCCCAUUUCCAGCGGGCAGCCGAGUACAGGCGAUUGUACCAGGGUCAGGGUACUUUCCAGUUUGCACCGGAAGUUGACACGACGCCGCCCACAAGGGGCCGAGGGCGCCCCAGGAAGACGGGGCCGACCAGGGAAGGUCCGGGACCGAUCCGGAUGGAGGACAGUGUACCAACGAGGAAGCGGGGACGCCCAAGGAAGAUUCCGAGCAUUGAUGCAGAGAGUCUGAGGAGAAUAACCGGAAUAUGUCGGUGUGGAACAUUGACGCAGGCCAGGCAAGGACCGCGCUCAGUCCGGGAGUACACAGAGGAAUUCCUGGAGUCAGCCAAAAGAUGCAAGCCCAAGACAGCGGAGGAUUGGUGCCGGUGGUAUACGGCAGGACUCCGCGAGGAGAUUCGGGGCAAGCUGAUUGGUGUGUUGGAACCAUGGGAAUUCGCCUUGGUGAACCGGAUGGCCGGUCAGGCAAUGGAGGCUGAACGGACACUUGCUCGUCGGGUCGUUGCCAUCUCAAGCUCUGAGGAGGACGUAGAGGUGGAGGAGGAUCCAUCGGAGGACUCAGCGUGGGAAGAGGAGCCGGCGUCGUCGACAGGGAGUGGCCGCGUGGCUGGUCCUAAGCCGGAAGGGGAGCAGAAGUCUCCAGUACGAAGUGGCUAGAUGUGAUUUCUGAGUCAGCUAGAAGGAGUAGGACACGGUUUUUCUUCCUUCCGUAUUGGUUUUUGCUUUUCAUUUCUUGUUAUAAGGUUAUUCGCGGAUUUUGGCGAUACCUUGAGACCUAUUUAUUCGUUGUAGUCCUACUCCAUUUCAUUUAUUAAAUUCAUUGUUGGUUUUAAAUGAUCUUGAGCAAGUAGGAUGUCAUUUCGUGCUUCUCUUGAUUGUGUUUGGAAACUCACCCCAGUUUUGGGAUGUUAAGUUCGAACUGAGGAUUUGGAAUUCGGGACGAAUUCCGAAUAAGAGGGGGAGAAUUGUAACACCCCAAAACCAGCCCAUUAAAUUUUUUUUAAUGCUAUUGGGUCCUCUGCAGCCCAAUUGGAAAACCCUAGGGUUUUCCCUAUCUCUUCCCCUAUAAAAGCAAGCCUCCACUUCUUCUUUUCUCUCAUCAGAAAUCUAGAAGCGAAGCCCUGCGGAGAAUUCCCGGAGACUGGAAGCCCUAGCCGUCGACUCUCUCUCUCUCCUCGCGCCGCCUCUCUCCUCCUUCUCUCUCUUCGCCGCGUCUCUUCUCUCUCUCUCCUCUCCGCGUUCCCUUCUCUCUCUCUCGGCCGCGUCUCUCUCUCCUCGCCGUGAGCAGCCGCGAGUGGUGGUGGUGGCCGCGUGGUGUCAUAGAUCGCAGAUCCCGUUUUCUCUUACCUCCUAUUCUCAGAUCCAGAUCCAGAUCUAGGCUAAGGUGAGGUGUUCUACCCAGAUCUCUUUCAUGUUCUUCUAUAUUGUUGAAUGUGGAUCUAGGAUUGAGUAGAUCCUGGUUGUUGUUAGGUUGAUAGACCAUAUUGCAUUAGAACUCUCGUACCGAUUUAAGAUUCUAAGUAAACUGGUGUGUUGGUGAUUGAUUGUUUGUUUGACUGGUUGAAGAUCUGUGGUUGUGAUUGAGAGCUAGGAUGGUUAGAAAGAAAUGAACGUAGGAUAAUAAGAGAACUGUUAACCGGUCUGGUUAGAUGAAUGAUAGGAUAUCUAUGAAUGAUUGUUAGCUGGAUUGAGUGUGACACCGAGAACGGGUGGCGUCUAAAAAGGAAAGUAAGAAAGAGUCUAAGGGUUUAAGGAAAAGGAAAUGAUAAGGAAAAAGGAAAGGUUAAAUGAUUGAAAUACGAACCACCGAGGAACUGGUGGGGAGUAUGGGAAUGAAUAGAAAUGGAAUACGAACCACCGAGGGACUGGUGGGGAGUAUGGGAAAACGCGGCGGCCGUAGCGUUCAAAAACGGCAGGUUAAGAAUAGAGGCGCCGGUAAGAUUGAGUCACGCCGAGUCUUGGCGGGAAGGGGCCGUAAUACACUGCAAAGGGUAUAGACUACAUCCAAGGGAACCGGAUGCCGAGUGUACCAGGGCAGGCGGCUCCACAGGAACGCAGCAAGAAAGGGGAGGGUUGGUCCGCUUGAGCUGUGUAGGUCCUAGAGUUAUAGGAUGAAUGGAGUCUUAAAUAAUAAACCGAAAUGUGUGAAUUGAGCGAUGACUGAGUUCAUUGCACUGCUUGUUUUGUGAAAUGAAUCCUUAAUAGUUAAUUAAGAAUUGGGUGUAGUGACUAGUCGGUUCUCGUUUCGCAUUGAGCGGUAUAAAAGCUCAUGGGGGAGACUGGUCUAGAAUCGCUUCACUGAGUAUUAAUACUCACCCCUCUUUUCCCUCUCCCAUUUUUGCAGAACUAUAAGUGGAAAUGUCGACGGUAAGGAAGGAAAUGCACCUGAAACUCAUGGGACCAGAAACGGGACACACGGAGAUGUCGGAAAAGUAGACAUGUGUGUCCUAAACCCCGCGCCCUGGAACCCGGUUGGAAAUGGGGAGGGACGGGUGUUUCAAAAAAGAUAAAGAGAGCAGGCACCACCUUGAAAAGGUGGAGAAGAGGCAGCCCAAGAUCAAGCCUCUGAAGCCGACAUGCUCAGUACGCGACACCACCAAGAAAGAUAGACGUGGUUGACAAGACCAACUUCUAUACUCCUCUCGCGCACCCACAACGGAGAACCCGUAGCGGACCUUCUAGGUUGGAACCAAAAUGCAUCCCAAAGAAGAACUACUCCUGAUUAUUCCAUAUAUACAAUUGCCAACUGAACAGCAAGAAACCGGGCCAGAGAAAGCCGCUGAAUACAGCUCGGACUGAGCUCACAAGACCUGAACAAUGAGAUUAGAGAGCCAGCACAGCCGUAGAUAUCAUGAGACAGAUACGCUCCUGGGAAAUGCUAACCCUCCGUACAGUACCACCAAGGAGUCGCAAAGUUCACUGACCAACCGAACCCACAACCUCCAAUGCCGUACGCCCUCUGCGAGAAUCGAAAGAGGGUAAUAGAUUGCUGUCGAGAUGCUGAGACCGGUGGUAACGGAGACAGCCCAAGAAAAGAACACGAGCUCGACACACUUAGAAGCUUGUCUACUAAGCUCCGGUGGUGAUGUCCAAAACAGAUUCCAGGAAGCAAAGACUAGAUGAAAGGGGACCAAUGGUGUUAUAUGAAACUUUGAAAUGCAUAUACACGAGAAGACAUGGCCUUGCGAAAACCACGUAGAUGAUCAUUUGUUUUCUUCUUGAUGCUAUAUGUGGAUUCCUAGAGUUCUUAGUUGUUUGGUUUAUUUUGUGAGAUCUUGAUGAACAGUUUAGUUUGUAUACAUAAAAAAAGUUUAGUUUGGAUAUUAAUAUUUUUUUACUAGGAUAAAUAAUCUUAAAAAUGUGUAUACUAGAGACUAAACUUUAAUUCUGAUUUAAGCUAUUUUAGGAGUAUGGUUAUAAAUUAAUCUGUACCUAUAGUGCUCAUAUACAUUAACUACACUUUACCAAAAAAUAAUCACCAUCAUGAUCACUAUUUUUGGCUAACGUGCCCCGCUGAUUUCCAUUUACAAAAUUCGGGAUUAAAGAAAUACCUGAUCUUUAGUGACUCAACCAAAAAAAUUGUAUAUAUAUAUACAAUGUAUAUAUAGUGCUUAACAUACAAGAAAAUGAUAGUGCUUUUAAGUUACCAUAUAGUUGUUUUCAGAAUUUAUUUGAUUGUUCUAUGUAGUUUUAUUUUUGUGAUCUUAGACGAUGCUGAAGAACAAGUACAUAUCUACUGCUCCUAUGAUCUCAUCUAUAGCUUUUUUUUUUCUGUCACAAGAUCUCAUCUAUAGCUAUUUACAAGAAGAAUGAAGCCAAAAAAGGUAUAAAUAACAGGAGAAAAAAAGUCGCCCACUAGUUCGGCACUGAGCUCGUGAGUACUGAACUGAUCACGACAUACCAACCAACUAGAUUUGGUCGUGUGAACACUGAAUGCAUUCAUAUGCACAAACCACAAGACGUCUUAACUUUGUCCUUAACCGAUUUAAUAUACAUCUAUAUAUACAGUGGCGAAGCGGAAGCCAAAGAGAGAGAAAACUGGGUGCACCAUGCACGGAUUAUCUUUUGAAACUUUUCAAUGUAAAAUUAUAUGGAUUAAUAGAUAGUUAAUUAUGAAAAGUGUGCAUGCAGCACAAUUUGGAUCUGCAUUCGCCCCUGGAUAUGUAUAUACAGUUCACCCAUUUUUGAAAAGUAGAGAAGAAUAUGUCAGUGACUCAGUGCAAGACUGCAAGUGGAUAUUGAGGAGAUUAAGAAAAAACCUACCCAACUUGGCAAAGAUUAAUAUUACUGUGCUGUAUGUUACAUGGAAAUGGAAGCGGGUACGUAAAAGCGGAAGUGUAUGGAAGCACAGAAGCGAGAUUUUUUAAAAAAUUAAGAAGUGAAUACGUGUUAGAGACAUAUAUUCAUAUCUAUAUAUACAUAUACAUAUUAAAAUAUAAUUAAAAAAUUAGGACUAAGAAUUAUAUGAUAUAAAUUUAAAAUAAAGUAUUUAUUCAUUUAUAAUA